AUGGCCUCUGUGGAACCUGAUGGUGUAGGGAACUUAAGCAGAAAGCAGCCCUCCAUCCACGAAAUAUGUGAGGCUGCUGUAGAUGAGGUCCUUGCAAAUGUUAAUACCGUGCAGUAUCUGAUCAAAAGCAUAGAAGAAAUUAGCAACACCCCAUUCCGUCGUGAGCGAAUAAAGUGCGUUCCCCAACUCGACAGCGGCGGUGUUGCCAAUGCAUCUUGGGCUGGUGGCAGCAACACCAUGGCAGAUGGCACCUCAGCGGCAGGGUACAUGUGGCGUCGGGCACGCAGGGAUUGCGAAAAGGGGGACAUUUUACUUAUCGAGCAACAUGUUGUGCUGGAUAAGGCAACUGAGAACGACAGCAUUGUACCCGGGGCGAAAACUUGCACUGCAGUUGAGCGGAAUCUCAGACACGAGCUGAUCCAUGCCUUUGACGACGCGCGAGGCAUUAUUGAAGCCUCGGAUUGUAUGCACCAGGCAUGCAGUGAAGUACGCGCUGCCAGGCUGAGUGGUGACUGUUUUGUCGGGGAGGAGAUGCGUCGCGGGCGGUUUGAUCUCCUGAGUGGUGGUAUACAGUGUGUUCGUCGUCGUGCUAUUACAGCUGUGGAAAAAAACCCAUUAUGCCGUGGUUUCUCGGAGCGCGCCGUAGAGCGCAUCUUCAAACAGUGUUACUCAGACUACGAGCCAUUUGCCGCACCCUUGUAUUCCAUGGGGAGUUACGGUGACGAGAAGUUCGAGUUGUAG